CGAACAAUAAGUGGUUUCUUCAUUGGUUAUCUAGAAAAAUCUAAGGGGUAUCGAUUUUAUUGCCCUAACCAUAGUACGAGAAUUGUUGAAACUGGAAAUGCUAGGUUCAUUGAAAAUGGUGAAGUUAGUGGGAGCUUAGAGCCACGCAAUGUGGAAAUUCAAGAAGUUAGAGUGCAAAUAUCUUUACCUCUACCCUCUUCUCAAGUUGUUGCUCCUGUACAUGUUGAGCAUGAUAACGAUUUGCAGGAACAACAAAUGAACGGUCAAGCACCACCUAAUAUUGCUAUUGAGAAUGAACCUAACAUAGAUGAACCACAUGAAAUCGCAUUAAGAAGGUCUACAAGAAAUCGAAGGCCUGCAAUUUCUGAUGAUUAUGAGGUUUAUCUUCACGAGUUAGAAUCUGAUUUAGGACUCUAUCAUGAUCCAGUUUCAUUUUCACAAGCCAUGGAAAGUGAGCAUUCUGAUAAAUGGUUAGCUGCCGCGAAAGAAGAGAUGAAAUCUAUGUACAAAAAUGAAGUUUGGGACCUUGUUGAUUUGCCUGAAGGUUGUAAAAGAGUUGGUAAUAGAUGGGUCUGGAAGACCAAACACGACUCUAAUGGCAAUAUCGAAAGACACAGGGCCAGACUUGUUGCCAAGGGGUUUCACUCAGAAAAGUGGUGUUGACUAUAAAGAGACAUUUUCACCCGUCUCUAAGAAAGACUCCUUAAGGAUUGUCAUGGCAAUGGUAGCUCAUUAUAAUCUAGAGCUCCAUCAGAUGGAUGUGAAAACCGCCUUUUUGAAUGGGAAUUUAGAUGAAGCAGUCUAUAUGGAUCAACCUGAAGGUUUUGUGGUUGAGGGAAAAGAACAUAUGGUGUGUAAAUUAAAGAAGUAAAUAUACGGACUUAAACAAGCUUCCCGACAAUGGUAUAUUAAGUUCAAUGAUACCGUUACAAGUUUUGGAUUUAAGGAGAACAUCGUCGAUCGAUGUAUAUAUCUGAAGAUUAGUGGGAGUAAGUUUAUAAUUUUAGUUCUGUAUGUUGACCAUAUCUUGCUUGCUACAAAUGAUCUUGGUUUAUUACAUCAAACCAAGGAGUUUCUCUCUAAGAACUUUGAAAUGAAGGAUUUGGGUGAGGCAUCCUAUGUGAUUGGAAUAGAAAUAUUUCGUGAUAGAUCACAAGGACUGUUGGGAUUGUCUCAGAAAUCAUACAUUAAUCGGAUACUAGAGAGAUACAACAUGGCUGAAUGCUCUGCAAAUGUCGUUCCAAUUCAGAAGGGAGAUAAAUUUAGUCUCAAACAAUGUCCAAAGAAUGAAUUGGAACGCAAGCAAAUGGAACACAUUCCUUAUGAAUCUAUUGUUGGAAGUUUGAAUUAUGCACAAACUUGUACCAGACCAGACAUCAGUUUUGCUGUCGGAAUGCUGGGCAGGUAUCAAAGUAAUCCAGGAGUAGAUCAUUGGAAAGCUGCAAAGAAGGUACUAAGGUAUCUGCAAGGAACAAAAGACCACAUGCUCACCUUUAGGAGAUCUGAUCACCUUGAGGUGAUUGGAUAUUCAGAUUCAGAUUAUGCUGGAUGUGUAGACACUAGGAAGUCUACUUUUGGCUAUUUGUUCCUUCUAGCCGGAGGGGCAAUUUCAUGGAAGAGUGCAAAGCAGUCUGUUAUUGCCACAUCCACUAUGGAAGCUGAAUUCAUAGCUUGUUAUGAAGCUACAAAUCAUGGUUUAUGGCUGCGGAAUUUUAUUUCUGGACUUGGAAUUGUCGACACUAUCGCCAAGCCGCUGAAAAUUUACUAUGAUAAUUCCGCAGCGGUAUUCUUCUCUAAGAAUGACAAGUAUUCGAAAGGUGCUAAGCAUAUGGAGGUGAAAUACUUUGUCGUUAAGGAAGAAGUUCAGAAACAAAGGGUGUCGAUCGAGCAUAUUAGCACAUAGCUUAUGAUUGCUGAUCCAUUAACAAAAGGAUUACCUCCUAAGACAUUUACUGAACAUGUCGAAAGGAUGGGGAUUAUAGGACGUCAUGAAUAAAGUUAUUUUAUGUUUCAUGGAUUGAUACUUUGAGCUCAUUUAUUUUGUUUCUGGAAUAAAGUUAUGAAUCUUGUUUUAUUUAUUAUGACCAGUAUAUAUACAUUAUGCAUUAUGUGAACAAAACAAGAUUUUUGUCUUUAGUGAAGACAUUAUUGUUGGACCAUUAUGACUACCUUGUUAUGUGUCAUAUUGAGCAUGAGACUGGUUUAGUGGUACAUGGAAGGGACUAUGUCGAUAAAUUGAUAUAGAACCGCCAUGAUCCUAAUCUAGCUUUCAUACUUGAUUAUGACUUUAUGGUGAACCAAAUAUUAUGGAUUUAUCUUAUGAUGUGCACACUUAUGUUUAUUAUUAGAUCUUGUGAUAUAUAAUGACACAUGGACCAAGUGGGAGAAUGUAAGCCCAAUUCCCGUAGGUAACUAGGGAAUAAUUGUGGCCCAAGUGUAAUUAUCACUUAAUAAUUUAAUAUAAGAUAAAUCCUAUAUUGAUUAGGUUAAUGAAAGGUAAAUUCCUAAUAUGUCCUGAUGGUGGGUCUAUAUAAAGAAGCUCUAGGAUUGGUCCUCUCUCAACCCAUUACGUAGAAUUUCUUAGCCAUCACAGAAAUCUCUAAACCUAAAACCUAAAGGGGUCAAGAGGGAGAAACUCAAUUCCGGUGAUUACUACUCCAGCGCCGCCGCCGCUCUCGUCGUGGAUCGAGGUAGGUUUUCCCGAUCUAUUAUCGAUUCGUGAAAUCAUCUAAUUCUAAGAUCCAUGCUAUUAUGAUUUAUGUUUACAAAUCAUCCCCAGAAACGAGCUCAGCGUCGCUCUUUCAUGGGAAGGCGAGGCGAAAGACGCCGACCGUAAGUCCUUGCUCAAAGUCGACGGAUCUGUGGAUCUCCCUUACAUCUCCGACGAGAACAUGGAUGACAGGAUGAGGACCCCGAAAUUAGGGUUACGGUGAGCGACGACAGCCCGAUCGUGAGGAGAUUGAAAGAGGCGAUGCUGGCCAAGGGGAAACCGGUGAUUGAGGAGAAGUAAGGCGAGAAGCUCAUGGAAACCCUCACCCCUUACCUCAAACAGAUGCAGUUCCUCGCCGCCGCAGGCAGGUUCUAGCUUGUUGCUGCUAUAUAUAUAGCUGGACCUUCGCUUAUUUACUUACUUAUGAUCAAUUAAUGUCCCCUAAGCCCAAAAUUACAAUUAACUACUUAUAUACAC